AUGAAACUAACUCAUGACGACAUACUCCAGCACAACCAUCGGAAGUCUUGCUGGAUUGCAAUUCAUGGCAACGUAUACGAUGUCACCGAAUUCCUCAACGCACACCCCGGGGGAGCAAAAGUCAUUUUGCAAUCAGCAGGCAAAGAUGCCAGUCAAGCCUUUGACUCUGUACACGCACCAGACAUACUGAAAGAGUUACCGGAAGCCGCUCUGCGGGGCCAGAUUGAUAUCUCUGAAGCGAAGGUGCAGAAGCCCAAGUCGAACGAGGAGGAACAGUCUCAUCUGGAAUCUCCGCCUUUGCAUACCUUGAUCAAUCUCCAUGACUUCGAGAAGAUUGCCGAACGUCAUCUCCCCGCUACCACCUGGGCCUACUACUCGUCCGGCGCGGACGAUGAGAUCAGCAAGCACAACAAUGCUCGUUUAUACUCAAAGAUCGCACUGCGGCCGCGCAUUCUUCGGCGAGUACACUCCGUCUAUACUGCUACCUCGAUCCUAGGAUUUUCGACAUCUUUACCGGUCUAUAUUUCACCGGUAGGGAUAGCAAAGCUUGCCCAUCCAGAUGGCGAAUGUGCGUUGGCAGCUGCGGCCGGGAAAGAAGGAUUGGUUCAGGUGUUAGCCAACGGGUCGAGUAUGCCGAUCGAACAGGUCAUGAACACUCGCACAUCGCCGACGCAGCCCAUAUUUCAACAACUUUACGUGAACAAGGAUAUCCAGAAGUCAGUUGAGGUGGUCCGUCGUGCAGCGCAGGCCGGGGCUGGGGCCAUUUGGAUCACAGUCGAUUCGCCAGUGGUGGGAAAGAGAGAACUGGACGAGCGUUUGAACUUGAGCAUUUCGGCCUCGGAUAGUGAUCAAGAGGGACAAGGGGUCGCCAAAAUUAUGGCCAGUUCCAUAUCCCCUUUCAUCGACUGGGACAUUCUGACCUGGAUUCGGCGGAUUACAGAUCUCCCUCUGGUCAUUAAAGGGAUCCAAUGUGUCGAAGAUGCGGUGAUCGCGUACGAACAUGGUGUUCAAGGGAUCGUUCUUUCUAACCAUGGCGGACGCUCUCAAGAUACCGCCCAAUCCCCUCUGCUGACUCUUUUGGAGAUCCGCAAAUUCGCACCACAAUUACUGGAUAGUGAGAUGCAAAUCUUUGUCGAUGGGGGGAUCCGCCGAGGGACUGAUGUCCUCAAGGCUCUUGCACUAGGCGCAGAUGCCGUGGGACUCGGCCGACCAUUCCUCUACAGCUUAACCGCAGGGUACGGGGAGAAUGGGGUCCGCCGGAUGCUAACAAUUCUCCGACAGGAGAUUGAGAUGAAUAUGAUCCUCCUUGGGGUUAGCAGUUUAAAUGAACUGAAAUCCGAGAUGGUGAAUGCCAGUCGAUUGGAAAAACAUAUGGUUGGCAGUAUAAAACUAUGA